UGGCAGUUAUAAGUCUCGCGAGAGCAAGAAGUCACCACGUUACAGACGGAGGAAUCGCGAGAAUUGGUCACCAUUGGUGACGGUAAACAUAACAGCUUAAUGGAGGAGACAGACGCAGAAAAACAACCGGAUACCAAGCUGAUUACUAAUCAGCCUUACGACGAGAGUCUGGAGGUGAACGAUUCAGAGGAGAUUGCCAGUAUCCACACCCCGACCCCCAGACAGCCAGCCCCCAGACCGGGCCGUGGGCAGCUCCGAGCCAUGUCAAGUAAUAACAGCAGCGAUGAGUAUGAGGAGGAGGCCGGCAAGGACAAGAAAAAGAGGGUCCUGCCCCCAGGUCAGAGGGGCCUCAGCGAGAACGAGGAGGAGGAGGAGGAGGAGGAGGAAGACGAUGAUUCUGAAGAAUCUGAAUCUGACGAGGAUGAUGAUGAGCACGGAGCUGCACUGGAGGGGGCCUACGACCCGAAUGAUUAUAACCAUCUCCCAGUGACUGCUGAGAUCAAGGAGCUGUUCCAGUACAUCAGCCGGUACACCCCACAGACGAUUGAACUGGAUCACAAACUGAAGCCUUUUAUUCCAGACUUCAUACCAGCUGUUGGGGACAUUGAUGCUUUCCUGAAGGUUCCGCGCCCGGACAGCAAGCCCGAUAACCUGGGGUUGCUGGUUCUGGAUGAGCCUUGCACCAAACAGUCAGACCCCACAGUCCUCUCGCUGUGGCUGAUGGAGAACUCCAAACAGCACAACGUCACGCAAAUAAAAGUUAAAAGCUUGGAGAAUGCAGAGAAGAACCCAAAGACUAUUGAGAAUUGGAUCGAGAGCAUCAGUGAGCUACACCGAUCUAAACCCCCCGCCACAGUGCACUAUACAAAGCCGAUGCCAGAUAUCGAUACCUUAAUGCAGGAAUGGCCUCCCGAAUUCGAAGAGCUUUUAGGCAAGGUUAGCCUGCCCACGGCUGAGAUUAACUGUGAUCUUGGGGAGUACAUUGAUAUGAUCUGCGCUAUCCUGGAUAUCCCUGUAUAUAAAAAUCGAAUUCAGUGUCUCCACAUCCUGUUCACGCUGUACUCGGAGUUUAAGAACUCGCAGCACUUCAAGGCACUGGCGGAGGGGAAGAAGACAGGCCGUUCCUCUGCACCUGGGACAGGGGAACCCGAAACACUGACCUUCGACUGAGAACCCCCUCUCUCUGUAAAAUCUAGUGUUAUAUAGCUCCCCAUCUCCCUGUCUCAUAAAAUGAACACUACGUUGUUAUAUAUUGUUUACUAGGCUUUUGAUCCCGUACAUGGUUUGUACCACUCUGUUUUGUCUAUAAGGAAACAGAAAUAAGAAACUCUGAAUAACAAUUUAAGGUCCCCUCGUUUGUUCAUUACUUAUUUUGUAUUAUUAACACACACAAUAUAUAUUUUUGCCCCGUUUAAAAAAAUAAGUGGUGCAGACUUUCUGCUGGAGCAAAAGCAUGGUAGAUCCAGCCCAUUGUGUUACAUUUUGUAUUCAGAUUGUUUUAUAAAGUUUUUGUACAUUGACUUCUUUAUUUUUAACUAAUAAAUAAAUUAAUAAAAUGGUAUGUUACAUUU